CAAGCCACGGGGUCGCCCAGAUAACAGGUUGGCAUGUGUUAAUGCAGUUCAGCCUCAAGCUGCACAGUCACUCACAGACAUCCGGGCAGAUGAUUCAUCUUCUCUUACUGGGGCUCUUUGCGAGCCCGUCGGCAGCGAAUACGGUGCCUGUUACCAUGGGCAACCAUUGGAGUGGUGGAUUCCAGGGUGAUUUCUGUCUACCAUUCACUCUUGACGUCACUUCCUGGAAAGCUCGAAUUCAUUUCAGCAUGCCGACAAAGUCUCUCGAGAUCUAUUUGGCUGACAUUGAGUCUCAGAAUACGGACGGCACAGAGUACGUGGUAGUCAACAAACCAUUCAAUGGAGACGAACAUCCCGGGGACAAGCUGUGUCUGUCUUUCCAAGGACACGCUGACGGGGACAUCACCCCAACGGCUACUGUCGUCCUAGAGAACAUGCCCGACCCCACUACACCUCCAUCGACGACAUCGACCACAACAACCCCAACUACCACGAGAACACUGGGACCUGGCGAGACGUGGCCCCCAACGACAACACAUCCUCCAACAACAAAGGGCACUAAGCCGUUGCACGUGCCUCACAACCAGACCUUAACAAUGGAGCUGAUCCAGAACAGGAAUGGUCAGUGGGAGGGGCAGUUCUGUGUUGACCUCAAGGAGGAGAUCCAGGCCUGGGAACUCCUCAUGACCUUCAGUGUGGGUGUCAAGAGCAUCCAGAACUAUGAAGGGGAUAUAGUUGGAUCAUCUUCAGGCUGCUCCAAACACUGGACAAUGGUCAACCGGAAGGCCAAAGGUGUCCAUUACGCCGGAGACCAUUACUGUGUUCGGAUGACAGGUAACGUGUGCAGUGGGUCUGGCGAUCCCAGCGGAACUGCCGUCCUCGUCGACGUCACCAACGAUGGACAGACGCUGCCUCUUACCCCUGUUGUUACAGGGGCCCAAGCAACCAAGUACAACUAUGCUGAGAUCCUGAUGAAGUCCAUCUUGUUCUACGAGGCUCAGAGAUCAGGGAAACUCCCCCCUGACAACAGGAUCCCCUGGCGAGCUGACUCCGCCCUCAACGACAAGGGUGCUAACGGGGAAGACCUCACUGGAGGAUGGUACGACGCUGGCGACAACGUCAAAUUCAACUUCCCAAUGGCGUUCAGCACGACCCUCCUGACGUGGAGUCUGCUUGAAUACAUCGACGCUUACAAUGCAUCAGGUCAACUCGAGAAGAUGUAUGAAUGCAUCAGGUGGCCGCUGGACUACUUCAUCAAGUGCCACACCAAGCCUAACGAGCUCUACGCACAGGUUGGAGAUGGCGGUGCUGACCACGGCACAUGGACCAGCCCAGAGCGCAUGACCGGACGUAGACCAGCCUUCAAGAUUGAUGCAUCCGGUCCAGGGUCAGAUCUGGCCAUGGAGACCGCUGCAGCCAUGGCCGCUGGAUCCAUGGUUUUCAAAGACAAAGAUCCCGACUACUCGCGCACCCUGCUGAAACACGCCAAGGAGCUGUUUGAGUUCGGGAAGGCUCACCAGGGGAAGUACAGCUCAACUGUUUCCAAUGCCGCUGCCUUUUAUGCAUCUCAGGACUACGAGGACGAGAACAGCUGGGGAGGCGUGUGGCUGUACAAAGCUACUGGAGACCAGACCUACCUGGACUAUGCAGAGCAACACUUCGUGAACAAAACAGCGUGGGGAUUCUCCUGGGAUGAGAAGAUCGGCGGUGCCAAUCUCCUGCUGUAUAACCUGACGAAGAAGGACCGAUACAAGAAAGUCGUGGAAGGAACCUUCGUAGACUGGUUCCCCGGAGGAAGUAUCGACUACAGCCCCAAAUGUCUGGCCUUCAGGCUCCAGUGGGGGUCUCUCAGAUAUGCAGCAAACACGGCCUUCCUCGCCCUGGCGGCCGCUGACGCUGGGCUCAACACAGACUCAUACCGGAAGUGGGCCAUGACGCAGCUCCACUACGCAUUUGGCGAUACAGGAAGAAGUUUUAUUGUCGGAUAUGGCGUCAAUCCACCACAGAGGCCACAUCACAGAGCAAGCUCCUGUCCCAUGCUGCCCGCUCCGUGUGAGUGGGAGUCUCAGACCCAGAAGGGCCCCAACCCCCACACCCUGUACGGCGCCAUGGUGGGCGGCCCCGGUAGAGACGACAGCUACAAAGACGACAGAAAAGACUACGUCAAGAACGAGGUGGCGUGCGACUACAACGCCGGCAUGCACGCCUCUACCGCAGCACUGGAACACCUCGCCAUUGCACACGCCCUGCCAACAACGUACAAAGAUGUGUGCCCCUGAACCACGCCUCGCUGUACAUAUAGAUUACUUUACAUCCGCGAAAGACAUCUUGCAUGAAAUAAAUAUUGCCACAUUUCA